AUUUGAUGUGAAGUGACUGAUCAGGCAGGACAUUUGAAAUUCAUGAUCUAGGUCUUAUAGAAACCCAGAAAACAGUCCGAAGUGGCAGAUGUAGAGCUAGAAAUACCAAGGUGUCGUCAGUGUAAAAUGUCUGGAGGCAGUGCGAGCUUCUCCGCGACCGGCAGCGAGUGAUGUUGCCCUGCUUGUGUGGGAUGCUCAUUACCGAGUCUGAUAAGCGUUUGACCGUCCCCGAGAAGUUCCACCUCCGGCAGCUGGAGAGAAGACGGCUGGCCAGCUUCCCUUCCCUCCCCCACCGUUCACCUUCUCAUGAAGGCUCUGCUCCAUCACAGGUCACCUUCCCUUUGACUCCAUCACAUGACCCAGUCUUGACCGACCCAAUCCGAGCCGCUGAAGACUCGGGGAAGUGAAUUUUUAGACAAGCGGCGAGAUGGGCCUUUCCUUUCCAAUAGGAGGAAAUAGGGGAAUGAGAGAUUAUUGCUUGGCUUCCACAGGAAAUUCCUGGUACAUGCUGUUGGUAUGUAAGGCCUGUCAGUGGCUGGAUAGUGACAGGAGGCUGGAACCCAAAGGCAAAGCUUCAAAUAUGUCUGGAAUAUGUCUUUAGUCAAAAGAAGGGAAGCUAAUGAACGAUGGACUCCUUUUUUUUAAAAUCAGGACAAAUAAACUCCAGAGACAUAAGAAAUAAGUGACAGAAAUUGUUCAUUGUUUGCUUGAUAGGUUGUGUUUUACUAGGAAAAAAAGCUAAGAAAGGAAACAUCCUAUAACUUUUCAAAAUCCUGCAAUAAUUUAUCUAGGAAAACCUAAAAUGUAAAAGAUGGAUUCACCAGUUAAACAGCCAGUUAUUAAAAUCAGACAGUUUUCUCUUGACUGGCUUUGACCGAUAAUCGGUCGCUCAGAUUGAACUUUUUUUUCCCACCCUAUUCAGUAAAUGCAUCACAGCUGAAAACUUUGAAAGUCUGAAUUUGUGUUAGGUGUCUGUACCGGAUCAGCUGCCACAUACUGAGUACAUUAAAGACAUACGCAGCAAACUUCCAGUUGAUGCAAUAGAUUUUCACCACGAUUCACUCCCGAUCAACAUCUUCUUUUGAUUGAAUGUGACACAGUGAAUGAACAAAUGAAUUAAAAUACUGAUCUCCAGUUUUCCUCCAGGUCUAACAUUCGAAUUUCAGUUUUAUUUUACAUCACUUAUUUUCUGGCUUGCACACAUUAAACAUCUUCUGCAGGUUAUUUUAUGCAGGUAAGAUCUAAGAUUACGAAACGAUCCCCACUCAUGCACCAACUCUUUUAUUAAAAGAUAGUUAGUGUUGUAAUUGCCUUGGUGGUAUAUGGAGAAUCUGCUGUUCAAUAGAGACCUUUAUCUGUCUUUAACGUCUCAAGACAUUACCAGCUUUCUACUUGUUCAUAAAUGUCAAACUCAACUUUGUGACAAUCAUAAAAUGCAAACUCUGGUAGCAACCAUAAUGUCAAUUAAAUAGCUGAUCAAUGGUGAUAUUUUAAAAACAGGGACUGAAAUAAUCCCAAAAUAUUGGCAGAAUAUCAAUAUGAGUACUACACCUGAAUCUUAGGAAACUGUGCUUUGCUCACAAAGAUAUAUUCUGAUAUUUCAAUCACUAAAUAUGCCUUAAUAUUAUUAUAUUAUACGCACAAUGGAAACCAUCUUCAUAUCAUUUCUGGAGUCUUCUUUUCUUAUGUUCUUGGGGGAACAGCCAAUCAGCACCAAGGAAAGUGAAUGCACCUUAUAGAUUGGCUGCUUUGCAAAUGGUGACCAGCAGCGUAUCAAAUAGCAUUUUUGCAUUUAUACCAGCUUCACAAGAUACAUUUUAUUUUGAAUUUUUAGACAUGCGCUACAAAAAACAAAACAAAAAAAGCAGUGGACAGGCAACUUUUGUGUGAAUAAUUUGGAGUCACAUGCGACAUAUCAAUACCAAUGUCCCUACAAUUCGGCUAAUUUACUCAUCCCUAAUGUAAACGCCUCAACAAAUGGCAUGUGCAAAGUAAAACAAAGCUUAUGCAAAUGAGUUUGCAGGUGUUAAAUUCGGAUCAGCUCAUUGGAUGUUAAAAAAAAAAAAUGGUAUCGGUUGAUAAAAGUUUGACCCAUGCAUCUUCAGUCUCACUGCCUUGUUAAAUAAUCAUGCUUUGAAAAAUUGACUGAAAAAUUGAGUGUAUGUUAUCAAAAUCACAAGAUUAAUUUGCAGGUUGAUAUGAAAUCAAGGUGAACUUUGCUGGGUUUUUUUCGUGCUUCCUGGAGAAGCUCUAUGAAGCUGUCAGUGUGCCUCGUUGGACACUGAAGUUUGGCUAUUUCACAUAAUAUUUAACUUGUUCAAACAAUGUAAGAGCCGUCUGGCAAUAAGUUACCCUUAAACAACUGAAAUGUCAACAAUUUUUGACAUUUCUUGUGAUGAUUUCAACAGAUAUUUUCUGGAAAUGUCAAAGCCUUUACCAGAUUUUCUUGUUUUUGGAAGUGCUUAACCUGAAGUUAAAUCGAAGUUUAUUGUGUUUGUUCCUAAGAGUCUAAAGUUCAGUCUUGCCCGACGGUGCAGAACCUCGGUGUCCUGCAUAGCAACACAUGUGCUGAAGCAUGUGUGGCAUUCUGUGUCCUAAAGCCUCCAGAAAGCCAGUUCAUGACUCAACAGGGCAGCGUAGCGGUUUAUUAGUGCUGCAUUUUCCUCUGGCUGCAGCGGUUGCUGUGGGAGCACGGCGAGGCGAGGCGAGCAGGAGAGGAGCUCUUUCAGUCCUUCCGCGAACCUGCUGCCAAACUCCACUUCCUCCCCCGUCCAUGCUCCCGCCGCGAGGCCAGCCAGCAGAAUGGAGGACGAGCCUGCCAGGCUGCCUGCACACCUGCGCCUGCAGCCAGUGUUUUGGAGCCGGGAAGACGUGGCUCAGUGGCUGCGGUGGGCCGAGAAGGAGUUUGCGCUACGGCCCAUCACCAGUGGCACCUUCCAGAUGAACGGCAAGGCCCUGCUUCUCCUCACCAAGGAGGACUUCCGCUACAGAUCCCCUCACUCCGGGGAUGUCCUGUAUGAGCUGCUGCAGCACAUACUGAAGCAACGGAAGUCCAGUGUGUUUUGCCCGUCUGCUUACUUUCCUGGGAACUCUUUCCAUUCGCUGCCUGAAAGCGCUGUGCAUCAUCUGAAACUCGAAGAGACGGUACGGCGGGCGCCACGCGGUACAGAACCCCUCCCCCAGAACCCGCCCACCAUCGAGCUGAGGCACCGUCGCUCCCACUCCCGCUCCCCCCUCAACCCGGCCCCAAGGCGGUCGCCCCCGGAGCCCAACCGGCCCCGCUCGGCCAGCGAGGACCCCCUGCAGAGCUUCUCCCAGCUGCCCGACAGCAACCACCACCUGGCCGAGGAGAUGUACCCGUUGUCCGUGUCCCCGCCGGCCCCCAACGGGCCCUGCGCCGCGUCCAGGGAGGCCCCCAGCCCGGGGCUCCAGGAGGCGGGGCAGCCCCGCGUCAUCCAGCUCAUGCCCAGCACCAUCCUGAACCCUCUGCUGCUCAGCCCCGGCAGAGGCGUGGGGGCCGGCCUGGACUUCAGGCACAGCCGCGCCGGGCCCCCCUCCCAGGUGGUGAUGGAGAAUGGGCGUGAGAGCAAGGUGCAUGUGCACCACCACCACCAUCAGCAGCAGCAGUUGGCCCAGCAACAGCUGUUGCAGCAACAGGAGGAAGCGCUCUACAGGAACCACGUCAUCAUGCCCGUGUCUCCUCCAGAGGAGCAGCAGAUGCCCAUCGGCCGGAUAGCAGAUUGCAGGCUGCUGUGGGACUACGUGUACCAGCUCCUGUCAGACAGCAGGUACGAGAACUACAUCCGCUGGGAGGACCCCGACAGCAAAGUCUUUCGCAUCAUGGACCCCAAUGGCCUGGCCAGGCUCUGGGGGAACCACAAGAACAGAACCAACAUGACGUACGAGAAGAUGUCGCGAGCACUGAGACACUACUACAAGCUGAACAUCAUCAGGAAAGAGCCGGGACAAAGACUCCUGUUCAGGUUCAUGAAGACCCCUGAUGAGAUCAUGAACGGCCAGACGGAGCGGCUGGAGCACCUGGACUCAGACACAGACGAACAAAUCUACAUCAAAGAGGAAUGCUGAGUGGCUCCGGGAUGGGGGUCAGGGGGUUGGAGGUUAGGGGUCAGAGGGGGGGAGGGGGAAUUCCAUGGACUACUUUACUACAGCCUCAGCCACCGAUGCCUUUCAGAAGCAGCUUCACAAACGCCAGGAGUUUGGCUCCCAUCGGUCCCAGAGGGGGAGGAAGUGAGAUGUGAAACGCCUCAGGAUGAGCUCGUGACUUCCUGUUGGAAGGAGCGCUGGGAUUGGUCGGAGGGACACUGCUGAGGGGACUCUUUAUGUUUCUGUCCUGCAAAAAGCCAAUCACUUGUGCUUCUAUGAUUCUUUGUUUUGGUUUGUCUCUCCACAUGCAUUAGAUCUUGGAAAUUUGCUACUUGUAAAAAGAAACGUGUGUGCGCGUGUGUGUGUGUGCGUGUGUGUGUGUGAGACAGGACUGUUUUCAUUAUGGAAUAAACAUUUUUGAUCAAACUGA